AACAUUGAAGUCAACAAAUAAUAUGACUGUCAUAUGGCCGGGUGAUACAACUUCUGUUCCCAAGGGUUGGGAGCUUCCAAAGAAUGGGAAGAAGUUGAGAAUAAGAGUGCCUGUGAAGGAUCGUUUCAGUGAGUUUGUGAAAGUAAAAAGAGAUCCUAGUUCUAACACCACAACCGUCACUGGAUACAGCGUAGAUGUUUUUAAUUAUGUUGUCAAAGCAUUGCCUUAUGCUUUGCCUUACGAGUACAUCCCCUUUGCCAAGCCUGACGGCGAGACAGCUGGAACUUACAAUGAUCUGAUAUAUCAAGUCUACUCGAAGGUAAAACUUUCACCAACCUUUUCCUGUACUUGAUCACAUUCAGUUUUAUAUCUGAAACAA